AUGGAAGCUGGCGGAUUUGAGUACCUUUUGCAGGAGUUUCCGCCGGACUUCGAGCGCGUCAAGCAUCUUUGCAAGACCAUACGAGGCGUACUGUUUCCUUACGGGAAGGAAGGACUUAUUGUUGGAACGCCUCAGGACCCAAAAAGGUUAUAUGAUCCUAUUAUUAAAGCGUAUGAUGAUAUGAUAGCUCUGAUUGAAACCUAA